UCUUACUAAAAUUAUGUCACCGGGGAUUUGGAAAACUAUUUUUCUUAAUACUGUUGGUGCAGGAACAAUAAAGCUAAAAUAAUUCGAGAGGUGUCAGGAAGAAAAUAGGACAAUUAAAUAAAUUUAGCGAACAAAUCUUCUUUCCACGUUAUAGGAAUGCAGUAAUAAUUAUCCAGGAUCAGACUGUAGUAACAUUGCAAGCAUUGUUAAAUGAAUCUCCUGCUGCAGCUUGGCUUCUAUUACCCCGGGUUGACCUGACGUUGGGCUUGGUCUACACAUGGAAGUGAGGUAGUACCGGGAGGAAGCGACUGCCCACGGUUCACUGAUCCCAAAGCUCGCGAAUAAUUUUGUUUUGGUAGCUGCAUUUACCGUCUGUGUCUGUAUAUAUUUGUAAUAAGAUGACUUCAAAGAGGAGCGAAGGCGAAUGGCAGGGGCUAGUGAAUGAGUAUUUAAUAUGCAAAAGAAAGCUGGAGAGCAAGAAGGAAGCUCUAUUGAUCCUCUCCAAAGAGCUUGAUACAUGCCAACAAGAACGAGACCAGUACAAACUAAUGGCUAAUCAGCUUCGCGAGCACCAUCAAUCACUAAAGAAAAAGUACAGAGAACUAAUAGAUGGUGAUCCUACUCUCCCACCAGAAAAGCGGAAUCAGGCAAACCUUGCACAACUAUUGAGUAGUUCUCGAGAGCGGAAUAAACAGCUGACAGAGGAAAUUAAAGAACUCCAGCAGAGACUGACUGAGGCACAGGGUGAUAAUAAGCUCCUAAGAAUGACGAUUGCCAAACAGCGUUUAGGUGACGAAGAAGUAGGAGCUCGUCAUUUUCCUGCACAUGAACGUGAGGACCUUGUUCAGCAGUUGGAAAAAACACAUGAACAGAUUGAACGUUUGGAUCAUGAUUAUCAAGCAGCAGUGGAUGAGCUGCAGGAUGUUAAGGUCGAACGAUCUUUCUACCAGGAGAAAGCUGACCGCCUAAAUCAGGAGAUUAACCAUAUUCUUGGAGGGCAUGAAAACCGUAUCAUUGACGUGGAUGCAUUGUGCAUGGAGAACAGGUACCUGCAUGAACAUUUGAAACAGAUCCAGGAAGAAGUCAACAUUCUUAAAAAUAACAUUUCAAAAUAUAAGAAUGCUCUUGAACGUAAAAAGCACCCAAAGCCAAGUGGAAGAAGCAGCAGUAGCGCACUUACAGGAGUUCUUUCUGCAAAACAAGUCCAGGAAUUAUUGUCAGAAGACCAUGGUUGUAGUCUGCCAGCCACGCCACAGUCCAUUUCAGAUCUGAAAUCAUUGGCAACUGCUUUACUUGAGACGAUUCAUGACAAGAAUAUGGUUCUUCAGCAUCAACGGCAGACUAACAGAAUUCUGGGCAAUCGAGUAGCUGAAUUGGAAAAGAAACUGAGAACUUUGGAAGUUUCUGGUUUGUGGAGCCUUCCAGGUCUGAGCUACAAUAUCUCAGUGGGAUUAGGGACAGGAGGGAAGGAGACUCUAACAUUAACUGAUGCUGCCAUACCUGUGGAUCUAAGACCAAAGUCACCUCUGUACCUGGGUAUCGAACAACAGCUGCACAAGAAUGGUCAAUUAAAAGAAGGUCAAGGAACUCCAGCUCAGCCUUCGGCAUCAGAAUAUCAUGAUACAGAGAAAAAUUACAAAAAAUCUGAAGAAACGCAGGUCGAACAAAAGGAAAGUUGUGGAAGUCCAGUAUUUUUAUCUUUGGAAAUGGACUCUCAGAUAAAGGAUAUUAAUCCACCGAUGUUGCAGUCCACUUCAGAAGAUGAAAUAGCAAAAAUGACUGAGAAGCUGGUUACCGCUGAUUUAAAUGAUGGUUGUAACGAAACAAGUGCUUCAAAAGAGCAAUGCACAGUGACAUCUCAGAAUGAUGCUGCUGUUUCAUCAUUAUUUGAAUCCCCUUUGGAUAGUCCAGACACAGAAAACCAAUCUGAUUCUGAGAGUGACUAUAGGAUUCAAAUUAAUGAAUCAUCUGAUACUGUGGAAAGAAAUAUAGAUUGCACGUCGUCGAAAACAAUUUCCGAAAUAAAUUCGGAUUCUCAGCUGUACAACAUGUUGACCACAGAUCUGUCAAUAAUUGACGGUUCUACAGAAUGUACAGAUGGAAAUCAUGAUGGAAAUUUAGCAUAAUUUGAUUGCAAAUUUUAUAUUUUAGUUUUAAUCAAUAAUUUUUAAAUUAAGGUCAAUCAUCUUUAAACAAUGGUAAAGCUCUUCAACCUAACCUGAGUACAUGUACAAACUACAAUUUUCCUUAAAAAUGAAUAUCAGCACUUCAUAGGAUGUGAUAUGAAUGUUUAUGCAUCUGGAAUUGUGAACUGAGUUCUAGCGGAAACAGCCUUUUCCCAUAUCUGAAAAUGUAAAGUAGAUUAAAUGAUUAAUUAUUACCUAUGAAAAAUAUGUGUUUUCACCAAAACCUUUUAGUAUUCCUACAAAAUAUUUUAAAAUAUAAAUUUAUCACACUUUUUUUUGUUUCUCCAUGAUAGCAGCGAGGCAUGUUUUCCUUGUUUUGUUUGUCUUUAGGAACCAUUUGAAAAAUUCUUCAGUGGAAUGUAGUAUUCACACAAUGAGGUUUCAAAAUGUUUCUGUCCAAAACAAAAUACUUAUUUUGGGUAACAUUCUGCACCAGAAUGUCUCAAGUAACAUUGACCCACAACAAUUGCUGGAAAUAGGAAGGAAAAUAAUUUAGGAUUAAUCCUUCCUCAAAUAUGUGUACAUAAAAAAUUAAUCUCCGUAUUAAUGUGUCCUGACUGUGCUGUUGUGCACUUUCUGCAUUUCCUCUUUCUGAUUUCCAACAAUUCAAAUUCAUUUCUAAAUUCAUUUUAGAACUUGCAAACUUUUUGCUAUAAAUUGCUGUGUUACAACUGGAAUUCCUUCAGAUCAAAGUGUGAUAUAGGAGCAAGAAAAGGAUUGUCAGUGAUUUUGUUAAAUCAGAUAUUUAUAUGUUCUUGAAAGAAAACUACUUGCACAAGUUUUCUAUUUACCAGCUGUGAUAUGUUGCCAUUAUUAUUGCAUAUCAGUAGGCAGCAUCCCAAGCUCCAAUGCAAACAUAAAAUUGUUUGUUUUAAUCACGAGUUGCUAACAUGCAAAUUAUAUAUGUAUUCUAAUUUUUAAAAAAGUUGGAAAUAGAAGAAAAUGACAGUCAAUAUUGUAACUUUUCCAUACAUCUUUAAUGACUCAAGGUUUAUUACAUCUGGAGGACAUAUUUAAUGCAGUAAUAUAAAUAAUGUAUUUGUUUUCAUAAUGAUUUUUAUUAAUUAGCUUAGUUGGGUGCUGAAUGUUGCAGCUUGUGUAUGUUAUGCUGGAAGCAAGAACAUAUUAAUGGAAUGUACUAAUUACUUGUGGGCGAGGGAUUGGGGGGCAGUAGACCUUUACUGAUGGUUUCAGAAUAGAAAAUCCACCAAGAGAAGUCUCAGGUAUUGUAUUACAACUGUCUUUGUUAUGUAGUGUCCUGUUAUAAAGACCUACCAAAAAUUAUUAAGAUUCUGAAUUUGUGAAAUUUGAUAAUUACAAGAGAAAUGGUGACAAAUGUAAAGAUUUUGCAUUAUUUUAAUGACUGUCAGACCAGACAUUAUCUCAUUGAAUGGCAUAGCUCUCAUGAUAGGCUGAUUGCUCUACUUCCAUACCAACAUCAUAUGACCUAUAGUCAGGUUAGAGCUUAAGAUUCACAUUAGAAAGAUUGAUUGACAGUAUAAUCACGUUAUUUUGGCUCACCUUACAGUUAAAUCAAGAGCAGCAGAACACAAAAUCGUAGAGUGGAGGAAAAUAAUGCAACCUUUUGUUGAAUCUAAGAAGGGAAAAAUUGUCCUUUUACUUGUUCAUGUGCUAUUUAUAACUUUGAUGGAAAAUAUUUGCAGUAUUUAAUGUUUUCUUCAGUUUUCAAAGUUAUCGAUAGCUGUCACACUGAGAAGACUAAGCUAUUAUUUAACUUGGCACUUUAGUGAUUGACAUUUUAUUGUUGGUUGCAUGUAAUUAUCAAAAUCCAUGUCAAAAAGGGCUUUUUUAAAUGAAAUCACAGGGAAUCGAGCUGGUAAUUUUCUAAUUUUCUAAAUUUGAUGAUCUCCAAACAAGAACAGCUCUGUGGGGAAAUAUAUUUUAAAGAGAAAUUAUUGACAACUUGAAGUUCUUGAGUACAUUCAGGUCCACCGAUUUGACCACAAACAGCUUGCCAUGUAUUGUCAACCAUCACAACUUCUUACUGUUGUUGAGCUUUUGAAAUGUGUAAUUUUUUAAUUGAAAUUGACACAUUAGCAGAAGCAGAUUUUUUUAAAGAAAUGUUCAUUAUGAUAUUGCUUGUGUCAUCAUCUUUAACAAUAAAUAAUCCAGUCUAUUUGAGAGUUUAUUGGCAGAUAUUAUCAAUGCUAUUAACUUUUCUGUAUCAUAUUUUUUAGGUUUAGCUGCUUUCAGGAUGGAUAUUUGUAUGUGAAUUUAUUAUAUUAGGACUUGGUAUGGUCCCUUGCAGGGACCAGAUUGGAAUUAAGUAUUUUGGUGCCUAGGCCUAAAAUACUUUUUUAUCUUGCUACUCCUUUAUGUAUUUUAUUUGAAAUUAUUGGAAAACAUCUGUGAAGAGAAAUCAGAGUUAAUGUUUCAGGUCUGCUGACC